AUGACGGUGCUCACCGUGCAGAUCGGCCAAUGUGGCAAUCAACUGGGCCACGCAUUCCUGGACACGAUUUUCAAGCAUGUCAGGUCGGCAAAGAACGAAAGUUUCAGGGAGAAGCUGUCAGACAUGUAUUUCGAAGAGGAGUGCCAAUAUGGAAAUAACCUCCUACCGGUGAUCCAGUAUGGAGAGAACAACAAAGGUAGGAAGUCGGUCGUAAGCGAAAGCAACGAAGUGAUGUGUUUGAAUAAUUACAUAGCAAGGUCCAUCCUCAUCGACAUGGAGCCGAAGGUUAUUGAAAAGUGCCUGUACCAGAGUGCCGCGGAGGAGAGGAGAGAUCCCCUAGAAAGUAGGAAUGUUAAUAGGUCGAAGAAUAAAAAAAUGCAACCCCAUGGCAGUGCCGGGGAUUCAGAAGGUCAUCAUAAGUAUGUGUGCGGAAUGGAGGAGUACUACGAGCCUUCAAACAAUUUGACAAAGGUGUUCUCCAGGGGGAGAGACAGUGAAGAAGAAGAAGAAGAAUCCAUGUGCCUCCCAUUAAGAGAGAAACCUCAAACGAAGGCGAAUAGUAAAAGAGAGUACCCAAUAAACACCUGGAAGUACAACAAAAGGAACUUCAUUUACGGCCUGAACGGGUCAGGUAAUAAUUGGUCCUACGGAUUUAAUGUGCACGCAAAAAAUAUAUGCGAGGAUUUUCUGAAUUUAAUACAAAAGACAAUGGAGAGUAACGACAGCAAAGAAGGAGUGGACAACAUCAUCCUCUUCCAUAGUCUGGCGGGAGGAAGUGGAAGUGGGAUAAGCUCCUAUCUUUCCUAUUUACUGAAGGAUGAAUAUUCCUCCGUUAACCUGAUCAAUGUGUGUGUCUUACCAUAUAUGUUUGGGGAGAUCAGUGUGCAAAGUCUAAAUUCAGUCCUUUGCUUAUCAUCCCUGUACGAUUCCUCCGAUGGCAUUGUACUUUUGGAAAAUGAAAAAUUUGAGUUAAUGUGCAAGAGGAUGAAUAAUGAAAAUAUUAACACUGAAGAAAUAAACAAACACAUAAGCCUCUUCUUGACUUAUACCCUUGGGUUGCCUCUGGACUUUGGCAAUGUGAUAGAUUCUGGUGGAUCCAAAUAUACCAAUGCUAUGAACUCCAUCCUCAGUGACCUAUGUAGCCACCCUAGUUAUAAAUUUCUCACCACCCGAUACCUCCCACAAGUGUUUCAGGAAAAUAUGAAGUUUGAACAGAACACCUUCAGUAUGCUUCUUAAGCGCAUGCACAAGAUGGUUAUAAAUGGGCGCAUCGUCGACUACGAUGGACCUCACGGAGGGGGAGGGGGAGGAGGUGGCCGCUACGUGACUGCAGAGAAUUCCUUGGUCGACCCGUACUUUGUCCGACUGUCCUCGAGGGAUCUGCGCAGGAGCUGUGCCUUUUUAAAGAGCGUGCAUAUCCCCUUGCAUUUACGAGAGUCUCUGAGCAAAUCCUACGUUAGCGUCCAGAAGAAUUCUGUCUUUCUGCAUCGAGGCCUGAAAAGUUACUCGGUGCGCAAUCAGGGGGGUCACCCUCCUCCCCACGAAUCUACACGUGGAGCUCCCCCUAGUCGUAUACACCAGGGGAGCGGGACCGCAGAAGGGCCAUUAGCUAGUACCCACUUCCGGCACAAUAAUGUAGUGUUUGGUUCCAAGAUGAUUCUUCGUGGAGAGCUCCAAGAAAAUAUCAACUUCGAUUUGUUUAAGCAUCACGUUCUGUACAACCACAAGUCCCUCUGCCCGAUGGAAAUUUACAUUGAUGAGAGCAGGGACUUUACCUAUAACAGCCUGGCGAUGGUAUCGAACUGCUUAACCCCGGUACCUACGUUGAAGAGGAUUUUGCAGAAUGCCAAGAUGCUCUACGGAACAAAUGCUUACAUGUACCAGUAUAACAGCUAUGGCGUAUCCCAUGACCACGUGCAUAACUCGCUGAUAGCGAUGGAUCAGGUUAUAAGCGGGUAUGAGGGCCUGUCCUGCGAAGUUUAG